UUUAAGUUGUCUGUAAGAUGUCGCAGGAAAAUUCGGUGUAGAAAUUUGUAUAUCAAAAUUUGGUUCGUAACGCACACAAGAACACACCCCAAACACCGUCAAGCAGUCUAAAAGCCUUGCAAGCAGUACAAAGCAGUGCAGGCGCAACAAUAGCUGUGUACACAAGCAGUAACAACCAUGUCGCAUAAUCAGCCCGAUCUUUCCGAAGCUACCACCCUUCGCCUGAUUAAUGGUCUAGCGGGACCUGGCAAUGAUGCACUUCUCUCUGUUCAACCGCAGCCGGUAGCAUUACCAGAUGUUAGCUGCGCACCAGAAUUGAUAGCUUCUGGUUCUAGUCCUGCCGCUCCAAUGGCUGUUGGGACACCCACAGCCUCGAUGGCCGCUUUGCAAAUAUCCUCUGCCCGGCAAAGAAUGUUGCCACCGGUAACACGACGCCCUUCUCAGGAGAGCGUCCAUUCGGCUAACGAGAAUGGCAACUCAUGCCGCAUUUGCCGCUGGAAUCGCGAUGACAUGGAGAUCAUCAAAUGUCCAUGCAAUUGCAAGGGCAGCGUGGGCUUCAUCCACCUGAAGUGCUUAAAACGCUGGAUUAUGCACAGGCGGGAUAACCGCUGCGAGGUCUGUCAUGCGGUUUUCGAUAUCUCAGAGGAGCGGGUCAGUCUAAAGCAAAUGGUGCGAACCUUCUGCUGCGGUCGCUGUUGCGGCCUCAUUGUGAAACACCUGUUGUUUAGCGCCUCACUGAUGCCAUUGGCUCACAUUAUACUGCAGCAGGUUCUGCAGUGCAUGGAUAAUCUCAACCAAGGCAGCACCGAGCAGCUUACCGUCCAGGAGGUGUUCGUCGCCUCCUGUGCUUUGCUUUCCUCCAGUGCCCUGUUCUUCCAUUUUUUCGAGUUCGUCACCACACGAUGCCUGCUCAUCCGCAAUAUACUGAGCCACUGGUGGUUGUUUGGCAGCACAUCCGAUUAUGCUCUCGUUGAGAUCGAGGAUGAUUCUAUUGAUCUUUUUUAAUAAGGAGAAGAGGCGGAUUAGAAGAAUGAAAGGAUGGGAACAGUUUUCCAACGACCAACAACCAUCAUAGAUGAUUUCACCAAGAUCCUGUUAUGACAAAUUUAAAUAAUUAAUAAAAUGUAUUUCACAUCUUUUCCCAUGAA